AUGUAUAACGGUAUUGGCCUUCAGACGGCAAGGGGUUCAGGUACAAAUGGAUACGUCCAGGCAAAUCUCUCCAGUUUAUUACUGUCAAAGAAGCGUGUUGAAUACAAUAGCGAAGCUGAUAUUCGCAGAGCCGAAGCACAGAUCAACAAAGGUCCAAAUGAAGAAAUUCUUCAGCAUCAAAGGAAGAGAAUCAUUGAAAUGAAAUGUGCUGAGUUCGAAAUGCUCAUGGAAGAGAAGGGUUUCGAUGACGAUGAAAUUCAAAAGAAGGUUUCGGAUUAUCGGAAACUCCUGUUAAGUCAGCUGGAGUCGGGAGAGCUCAACUUGGAUGCUGAGCUUGGCACCAGAGAUUCGCACGCCAGGGCUAAAGCUGCUGCAAAGGGUUUCGAUGACGAUGAAAUUCAAAAGAAGGUUUCGGAUUAUCGGAAACUCCUGUUAAGUCAGCUGGAGUCGGGAGAGCUCAACUUGGAUGCUGAGCUUGGCACCAGAGAUUCGCACGCCAGGGCUAAAGCUGCUGCAAAGAAUCGCGACAAAAUGAGGGACGCUUUAGGACUGAGCAAAGACUUCGUCCCAGGAAAGUCAAUGGAAAAUAUGAAGAAAACCGAUGUGGUCGGAGCUGCUCUCGCUGCGCCGGUCGCUAGUGCGGGGGAUUCGUUGCUAAGUACGCUUAAAAAGGAAAUGAAGGAAAAGUCGGACAAGGACAAGAAGCGGAAGAAACGACGUCAUGAAAGCACUUCAUCAUCAUCAUCCAGUUCAGACAGCAAUUCAUCUGAAGAUUCUUCCGAUGACUCCUCUUCUUCCGAUAGCGACGAGUCGAGCAGCAGCGGAGAAGUUAAGCGUAAAAGGGCUAAAAAGGUAGAGGUUGACAAGAAGAAGACGAAUGAGAAAAAGGAUGGCAGCAGUCGAGAUAGGCGAAGCGACAAGGGCCGUGAUAGACAGGAGGACGACAAAGGCAGAAGUAGUCGCAAGGAUAAAGAAGAGCGUAGCGUCAGACACAGGGCUAAAAAGGUAGAGGUUGACAAGAAGAAGACGAAUGAGAAAAAGGAUGGCAGCAGUCGAGAUAGGCGAAGCGACAAGGGCCGUGAUAGACAGGAGGACGACAAAGGCAGAAGUAGUCGCAAGGAUAAAGAAGAGCGUAGCGUCAGACACAGAAAAGAUGAGGAUCGCCACGACAGUUCUACUCGCAAGAACCGUACACGCAGCCCACCUCGUCGGUCUCCAAGUGACGAUUCAAGGAAAAGGAAAACUCGUGAUGGCCGUGACAAAAACCGAAGAGGAAAGUCUAAAAGUCCCAAUCCACGUCGAAAAAGCCAAAGUCCUCGACGAAGAAGUCGCAGUCCGCGGGAUCGCGAAAGGCGCACGGUAGCACGAGAUAAGAGCCCUGAAAGAUCUCCAAUACGACAAAUAAAAGAAGAACCACGCUCGAGUGACGAAGAGGAGCAGCACAACGGUUCUUCCGAAAAACAGUCAAAACGAUUAGCUGGAGGACGGGAAAGUUGCGAAAAUCCGGUACGGAGUGAUCAUGAAAGUGCGUCUGAUUCGAACUCAUGUGACUCUUGGAAAUAUAAAAUGAAGAGUACCUACUUGGAUGAAUUGCUAAGUACCGCAGGGAUGGCGUUUUCCGAUGAACAGGAGCUCAUUGAUCAGAUCCGACAUGAGUUGCGAAUGGAAGACGACACGGGCACGUGUGCUCGAGUUGUAGCACCAGAAAGGCGGCGAGCAAAGUAUGGUGGUCUCCCGUUGAACUUCCGAAUGACAACCAGUUCAGACGAGGAGGACCUAGAUCGUGGUGACCCUUACUACUACGAAAUCCCUUUGGUAGAAGACCCUGUACCAACAAGAGAAAUUAUCGAGGAGCGGCUGCGUUCGCGAACAGGAGAAAGUGGCGAUGCGAUGGGAUUCCAAACAGCUAACGUGAACAAGAAAAGCUCAGAUGAAUUAUUUGUCACCAAAGAGGUAGAGCCAGUCAAGAAACAUUCGAAGAGGGAGUCGGCGGUUUCC